ACAACAGUGGAGACAUCGCUGAAGGCAUUUAGCGCAGUUUCUCGAGCCUGCAGCGAUGCAUGUCGAGAACUGUGCGAGUCGGAUGGUUACGGGACCGAUAUGGUUCGAUGUGACGAUUGCUGCACCGAGGAUCUUUGCAACGGCAAUUACUCUGCCCGAUAUUAUAUGGAACUCAUGAAGGAGCAGUACACUUCCUGGACCGAACCACUGCCCAGUGAGAAAGCUUACAAUCGAGCUAACAACAUCACAUUCCCGUACUGA